UACAGGCUGGGUGGGAAUAGCGAGUGAGCUAAAAUGAUUUUUACUUUUUUUUAAAGAAAGAAACAAUUUAAAAAAAAAUCUUUUUAAUGUUUUGGACUACUUCCUGUGAAGGGGGAAGGGGGGGAAACGGCUUCUUCUAGAGCCCACCCACUAGAUGCACUUAAAAUAUAAAUAUGAGCCGCCAGUACUUGCUACAGUACAAAACAGAAACACAUGUACGGGCAGGGAAGGAGGAAAAAAGAAGGAAAAAACGGGGGUGGAAGGAGGAGGGAGCAGCUAUCCAGCAGAGGCCAGCUGUACCAGUACAGCACCACCUUAAGGACUGGAUGACUACAAGCUCUUAAGAGCCCAACCAGCAAAUGCCAUGAUUUCAACCACAGAUGCCAUAAGGGUGCACCUGAAAAAGAAGGCUGUGAUGGAGGAUUUUUUGCUGCAGCAUCUGCAGAGAGAUCUAGAAAGGGGCCAAACUUGGCAAGGCCUGUAGACCUGCACAUGUAUGUGUGUGUGAAUCUUUUCUGCUCUGGUGGUGGGGUCUACCAUAUCCUUCAGACUGCUGUUUUCAGAUAUCCGUGCUACUCAAACAAAAUAGAGCAACAAGAUGAUCUUUGGUUGCACCUUACAUUUAUUUCAAUGAGUGUGACCCACCAGAAAUAUGCAGUUGAAGCAGCUUUUAAUAACUUCAUUGAAUGAUGGAGUAAGAACAUAGGUUACAAAUUUCAAAAUGUAUCCUUUGUUCUCAUCCUUCUCUCCUUUACCCUCACCUGCUAGUACUUCUUUGUUUACGUCAGAAACAAUCCAGCUGUGCUUUUGACACAGGGUGCUGGUGUCACCCAGGCGACAGCCAAAUAUGUUCCUAGUCCUCAUGUUCUUCGGGGCAGCUCCUUCUGCACCUGGUACUGCAAUGCCUUUAGCAGAAAACCCUUAUUAGGAACAUAAUAUCUUCCUUCCUGCCACUCUUAAGAAGCCCAGCCUGGUAAAUGGGAGAGAAUACUUUCAGGCAUCAAGAUCAGCAAAAAUCUCCUGCAACUUGUGACAAGGAGAAGCCAGGUUUUCCCACCUAGAGGGCGACUCUGCUGCUGUUUUGUAUAUAAAGUCACCUGUGCUCUGCACCGAUGAUGUCCUUCUGACUCAGUAUUCUCAGAAAGCUUUCUGCCUCACCUGGACUCCAGUUUCUGCUGACGGAGAAGCAACAAAGGAAGGGUGGAGGCAUCCAUGCCAGGAAGCAGCCUCCCAGCCAAAGAAGAGAAACUAAAAGAAAUAGCAAGUGCUUAUCAUUCAGGCCAAAUCUUGAAGCUGGAGUGCAGCAGCAGAGCUACCUUGAAGGAGAGCAAACAGGAAAACAGCUUGGGGAGGAACCAGGAGAGAAGGAUCAGGACAGUGUGUGUAAGAGAGAGAGAGAGAGAGAGAUAGAGAGAUGGCGGCUUCCCAGCCAGGUGUACCUUCUUCACCAGGAGGAGAGGAGGCUGCUCAGGGCGUUCUAGAGAUCUCGACAGAAGGCGAAGACGAUGCAGGAGAGGCCUUUGAUUUUGAAGACAGUGAGGAGGAGGAGGAGGAAGACAGCAGUCACCUCGUGGUGAGCAAUGCCAGGACGGAGCUGGGCUCAAGAGGGGCCCUGCAAGAUCCUCCCCCAAGGCGGCGAUCCAGCAUCAGUGAUGACCUUGAACCUGUGGAUGAUUGGGAUGAAGAGGAGGCACUCCUAGAGGAUCGGGUCCCACUGACCCCUUCGGACUCUGGCACAAAUCUUGGAGAUCCCUUUGGCUCUCAGAUGCAGUCAGAGUUUCUGGGAGUGGUCAGCAAUGGAGAUGUUGGGAUCUCACAGGCUGGGACACGCAUUUACAGCUGGAGAAGGAAGAGCUUCCGGCAAGGUGGUCAGUUUACCCCCACAGCGGCAGAAGAUGUGAUCUAUGAUGAUGUUCCUGAUGAAAAUUUGGAACCAGAUCAGCGUGAUUCGGAGACAAAUCUGAUCUACGAAGAUGUCCACCAGGACAAAGAACCAACAGAGGCUGAGAAUUUAGGCUGGAGCUCUAGUGAGUUCGAAAGCUACAGUGAGGAUUCUGGGGACGACAACAAGCCAGAGACCGAACCUGCCAAACCAAAAGUGUCUUUUCAGCCCAAGCACCUUUCUCCAGACCUCCAUAGACUAAAGGAGAGAUACACCCGGACUAAGAGGGACAUCCUGGCUUUGAAAGUCGGGGGUAGAGAUAUGCAGGAGCUGAAGCAAAGAUACGAUUGUAAGAUGACGCAGCUGAUGAAAGCAGCCAAAAGUGGCACAAAGGAUGGCUUAGAGAAAACCAAGAUUGCUGUUAUGCGGACUUUCUUGCAUAAGAAAGACAUCCCAGGGGAUGGAGAGCCUAGCAGGAGUGUGCCAGAAACUGGACGGAAGCGUUCUUUAUCCUGGACGGGUGAACUCUCCAAGGCCUCCAAGCCCUGUUCAGAGAGAGGAGAUUCUGAAGAGGAAGACAUGGGGUUCUUGGAGGUCCCCGUGACAGAUAUGAAACAGCCGCUUCCAGAGUUGGGGCCCAUGCCCCAAGGGCUGAGCCCUCAGCAGGUUGUACGGCGUCACAUCCUUGGUUCCAUCGUCCAGAGUGAGCGAAGUUAUGUGGAUUCCUUAAGACGAAUCUUACAGGAUUAUAGAAACCCUCUUAUGGAAAUGGAGCCCAAAGUUCUCAGUGCCAGGAAGUGCCAGGUGGUUUUCUUCCGGGUCAGAGAGAUCCUUCAGUGCCACUCCAUGUUCCAGAUUGCCUUGUCUUCACGUGUGUCAGAGUGGGACACCACAGAGAAGAUUGGUGACCUAUUUGUGGCCUCGUUUUCCAAGUCUAUGGUCUUAGAUGUCUAUAGCGAAUACGUCAACAACUUCACCAGUGCCAUGUCCUUGAUCAAGAAAGCCUGCCUUACUAAACCUGCCUUCCUGGAGUUCCUCAAGAAGAGACAAAUGGCCAGUGUCGACCGGGUGACCCUCUACGGAUUGAUGGUGAAGCCCAUCCAGAGGUUCCCUCAGUUUAUCCUCCUGCUGCAGGACAUGUUGAAGAACACCCCCAAAGGCCACGCCGAUCGGCUGUCGCUCCAGCUUGCCCUCACCGAGCUGGAAACCUUGGCAGAAAAGCUGAAUGAGCAAAAGCGCUUGGCUGACCAGGUGGCUGAGAUACAGCAGCUUACCAAGAGUGUCAGUGACCGUAGCAGCCUCAACAAGUUGUUAAAUUCAGGUCAGCGCCAGCUGUUGCUUUGUGAGACCUUGACAGAGACCGUUUAUGGUGACCGAGGUCAACUCAUCAAAUCUAAGGAACGGAAGGUGUUCCUGUUGAACGACAUGCUGGUUUGCGCCAAUAUCAAUUUCAAGCCAAUUGACACCAGGGGCCAGCUCGAAAUCAGCAGCCUUGUCCCACUGGGGCCCAAGUAUAUCGUGAAGUGGAACGCAGCCUUGCUGCAGGUCCAGGUGGUGGAAGUCGGGCAGGAGAGCAGCACCCAAGAGAAGGAAAGUGUUGUCAUCCAGAACGUUGGGUCAAAAAAACACACGCCAAGCAGCCAGUCUUCACACAGUAAAGUCUACUUGGGUCCCCCUCGCCUGUUUCAGGAGCUCCAAGAUCUGCAGAAGGAUCUCGCUGUGGUGGAACAGAUAACACUGCUGAUCAGUACUCUCCACGGCACCUACCAGAACCUGAACAUGACGGUAGCCCAGGACUGGUGCCUCGCUCUGCAGAGGCUGAUGAGGGUGAAGGAAGAGGAGAUCCAUUCAGCCAACAAGUGCCGCCUGCGGCUCCUGCUUCCAGGGAAGCCAGACAAGUCUGGCCGCCCUGUCAGUGUCAUGGUGGUCUUCAUCACCCCUAACCCGCUCAGCAAAAUCUCCUGGGUGAACCGCCUACAUCUGGCCAAAAUUGCCCUCCGAGAAGAAAACCAGCCUGGCUGGUUAUGUCCAGAAGAGGAUAAGAAGAGCAAAGCUCCCUUCUGGUGUCCCAUCUUGGUCUGCCGCCUCCCUGCCUUUUCCUCCAGGGCUCUUGAUCUACAGCUGGGGGCCGCCAUUCACAGCCCAGUCCAUUCCUCCUUGUUGGGUUUCUCUGCCAUCAGCACUUCUCUUCCACAAGGCUAUCUCUGGGUGGGGGGAGGCCAGGAAGGGGCCGGGGGGCAAGUGGAGAUCUUUUCCUUGAACCGGUCAGUGCCUCGCGUGGUCAAGUCCUUCCCGGUGGCUUCCCAAGUGCUGUGUUCUGACUACAUUCCAGAGCGGACCGAAGAGGAGAGGACAGAAGAUUCGGAAACAGACGCAGACCAAGUUUUGCCAGCACAGCCGGUGAUUUGCCUCGGGCUGCAGGAUGGCAGCAUCCUGGUUUAUGGAAGUGUGGACACAGGAACCCAGUGCUUGCUGACGGGCAAAAGCCCUGGACUUCAGCCUGUCCUGUGCCUGAAGCACAACACAGACUAUCUCUUCGCUGGCCUGCAGAGUGGAACCAUUGCUGCCUAUGCCAGAAACAAUGGGGGACUCUGGGAUGCGGAGGCUGAGCCCACGUGCCUUGCAGUCGGUCUGGCCCCAGUGCGGACCCUGCUGACCUUGGAUGACGCCCUGUGGGCCAGCUGUGGCAACCAAGUCACUGUGUUCGAUGCUGCCUCCCUGAAAGCACAGCAAACCUUUGAGGCCCAUCCUGAAGAGGAAGCUAGCAUCACGCACAUGAUCAAAGCCGGCAGUGGGGUCUGGAUGGCCUUUUCUUUGGGUUCCUCCAUCCGCCUCUUCCACACAGAGACUCUGGAGCUCCUUCAGGAGAUCAACGUUGCCACUCGGACCACUUUCGCUCUGCCAGGGCAGAAGCACGUUCGUGUCACUAGCCUUCUGAUUUGCCAAGGCCUCCUGUGGGUGGGCACCGAUCAAGGCAUUUUGGUUCUCUUACCUGUGCCCAGGCUGGAGGGGAUUCCCAAGAUCACAGGAAAAGGUAUGGUUUCCCUGAACGGUCACUGUGGCCCUGUGGAAUUCCUGGCUGUCGCCCUCAGCACCCUGGCCCCGGAUAUCUUGAAGAGUGACAAGGAAGAGGACCCAGCCGCUGAGCCCCCCACUGCCACGGAGGGGAAGCCCGAGGGCAGGUCCUCCUCAGACUCCGGUGCCCAGGAAAGCCCCCCGACGAGGGAGAUGAGGAAGAAGGGGAUCCUCUUGCAGUACCGCCUCCGAUCCACUGACCACCUCCCUGGGCAACGGCUCUCUGUGCGGGAAGCCCCUUCCGCCACCGGCGGGACCACCUUGGAGCACACGGAGGAAGACGGCUCCAUCUACGAAAUGGCUGAUGACCCAGACAUCUGGGUACGGAGCCGGCCCUGUUCCCGGGAGGCUCCCCGCAAAGAGAUCUCUUCCUUGGCUGUCAUCUCUGGAGGGAGAGGUUACCGGAACUUCCACCCGAACGGCAAACUGCCCUCCAGCAGUGAGACGGACAGCACGUUACUCAUGUGGCAGGUACCCUUGAUGUUAUGACACCAUCCUUCUUCCCUUCCCUCCUUCCUUCCUUCUUCUCCUGACGAAGGUGAAGGAAGGACCUCACCGUGGUAGAUUUGGCCGCCUGGCACAGCGACUGCCCCUUCCGAUGUCUUGCCGUCCCUUGGUCUCGUUGGGAAACUGACUUGCCUGUUCUUGUUCAAGAGGCCUUCAGGCUUUUAACGUCCCUUUUCUCCCUCUUGGACUCUCUCUCGUGGGUGCUGUUCAUGGCACGGUCCUUUUUAAGGCUCACCUUCACCUUGGUGUUGUCUAGCCUUUUUGUUUUCUACCUUGGGAAGCAAGUCUUGUGUGUCUUUUUGCGGCCGGGGAGGGGGAGGAAUAAGAAUAAGAAUAAAAACUUGCCAAAUGGCAUAGGAAUUGGUGUGACCUCUGCAGGUUUCGGAGUAGCUGGAAGGUUUUUAUGCCCCAAAAAAGAGUCAUAAAAGGUUUGUGUAUCAAUGUGUGAAUAUGUGUGUGUGUGUGUAUAUAUUAUAUAUAUUAAACUUUAUGUACAUUAUUACAUGGUGUAAAUAAAAUAUGUAUAUAUUGGGUGCAUCUUCUGAUACUGAAAUAAAAGUGGUUGGAA